UAACUUCUUAAUAUUCGCGGAGGACCCGGUUUCUCAUAGCCAAACAGAAGCCAACGUUCUUGUUGUUGGGAACUGUUUUUCAUUUGUAACAAAUAAAUACCCUAGAGAAGUUGGCUGGAGGCUUUUGAAGGUGCUUCUAUGGCUACUUGCCAUUCUCAUAGGACUAAUAGCUGGCAAGUUUCUGUUCCAUCAGCGUCUGUUUGGUCAGUUGCUUCGGUUAAAAAUGUUUCGAGAGGAUCAUGGAUCGUGGAUGACAAUGUUCUUCAGCACAAUUCUCUUUCUCUUCAUAUUUUCUCACGUAUACAACACGGUUCUUCUAAUGGAUGGGAACAUGGGGUCACUGAUAUGAUGCUUCAGGACAAGCCCUAUCCUGAUUGGGGAAAAUCUGCAAGAGCUUUCUGGAAGAAAGGAAAUGUUAGGAUUAUUUUAUUCUGGACGGUUCUUUUCACUCUGACAUCUGUGGUUGUACUUGUCAUUACAACUGACUGGAUCAGCUGGGACAAGCUGAAUCGGGGAUUUUUGCCCAGUGAUGAAGUUUCCAGAGCCUUCCUGGCUUCUUUCAUCUUGGUCUUUGACCUCCUUAUCGUAAUGCAGGACUGGGAAUUCCCACAUUUCAUGGGAGACGUCGAUGUAAAUCUUCCCGGUUUGCACACGCCUCACAUGCAGUUCAAGAUUCCUUUCUUCCAGAAGAUCUUCAAGGAGGAAUACCGUAUUCACAUAACAGGUAAAUGGUUUAACUAUGGGAUUAUCUUUCUCGUCUUGAUUUUGGAUCUUAAUAUGUGGAAGAAUCAGAUAUUUUAUAAGCCUCAUGAAUAUGGACAGUAUAUUGGCCCAGGGCAGAAGAUAUAUACAGUGAAAGACUCAGAGAGUCUAAAGGAUUUGAACAGAACCAAGCUAUCCUGGGAAUGGAGGUCCAAUCACACCAACCCUCAGACUAAUAAAACCUAUGUUGAGGGAGACAUGUUCUUACACAGCAGGUUCAUAGGGGCAAGACUUGAUGUCAAGUGUCUGGCUUUUGUGCCAAGUCUGAUAGCUUUUGUGUGGUUUGGAUUCUUCAUUUGGUUCUUUGGACGGUUUUUGAAAAAUGAACAAGGCAUGGAGAAUCCAGACAAAGCUUACACACGCAUGAAAAGAAAAUCCCCAUCAGAACAAAGCAAGGACAUGGGAAUCACGCGAGAAAACACCCAGGCCUCAGUGGAAGACCCGUUGAAUGACCCCCCCUUGGUGUGCAUCAGGUCUGACUUCAAUGAGAUCGUCUACAAGUCUUCCCACCUAACGUCGGACAAGUUGAGCUCGCACUUGAAUGAAUCGACCAGCACCACAGGGGGCGACACAGAUCCAACGACUUCUAAAAGUACACCGACGAAUUAGAACUGCUUAUUGGGGGAUAGCACAAAGAGCAACCCUGGGUGUAACUUUCAAAAGUUAGUCUUUCCUUUUGUAAAUGUUAAGGUUUAUGUAGCGUUAAGUAAAGAAUUACAAACAAUGCCACAACGGUGCUCAACAUGCUUUUUCUAGGACUCAUUGUUUUCUAUUUGUAUACCUGUGCCUACAGUAUAUCUAACAGUCCUCUAGAGAUUGCUUUUUCACAGUUGCACAAGCUACUUACUGACUUUACAGCCUAGUAGAUUAGCUGGUUACCCAAGUAUCUGAUGUUCAACCUUUGUGGUGCCUUGAGACAUUAAACUUUUUAACUGUACCAGAAACGAAGUGUGGAACAGUUCUCUAAACUGCUUCACAUGGGUUUUUUUUCAUACAAUUAUUUUGAUCUCCACUUGAUGUCUGAGCAGGAAACAGAUAUAGCCAAGAUGUGGUUCAGGAAAUAUGUCUCGGUUUCUUAUUCAGCAACGGAGUUGGUGACUUUGACAGCUGGACUGCAGAGAAGCAUUGUGAUUACCUUUGAAUUUUUAUUGGCUGUCUGCCAAACACAAAUACAGAUGCAGAAUUCUGUAAUAGGGGAGUGAUAAUCCAUCAUGGGUCACUACUUGUGAAAUGUGACUUUCUCCAACCAGUAUUUGCAAUUAGAUAAUAAUACCUAAUUAUGUUUUCCCAAUUAAGGUAAAUUGCUACCUGAUUAAAAAUCCUGCCCUUCACCUUUGGGGACAAAGGUUAAGAUGCACAGUUAGGUGAACUCUCAAAUUUAUUGGCAUUUACACAAAGCCCUAGAAAACCAAGAAACUGAAGUUUUAAUCAUGUGAGGGUUGCAUAGCCUACCAUUCACAAUAUUUGUACAUCUUUCUGUAAAUAUGGUUGUUGACAGUGAAAAUUGAAAAACAUAUGCCAACCCUGAGCAAGGGAACUCCUCUAAAAAAUCAUGCUGUGGAACUUUGUAAGGUAGAAAAAAGGAUAUGCAUGAAAAAGUCUGUUUACUGGCUUGUUUUGUGUGUGUGUGUUUUGUUGUUUUUGUUUUGUUUUUUUAAGAACUAAACAUCACACAUUAAUAAAUCAGAAUUAUACAUCAGUAAUUAUGUGAUGUAAUUUUUUGUUUAUAGUAGAAGAGAUCAAUUGUAUCUUAGUUUAACAACAGCUCAUUAAUUUUUUUUUUUAACUCAAAGCCAAGCAGGCUAAGAAAUGGAAUGCUCCCAACUUGCUUUAAUUUUGUUCCAUAAAUUGUGGUUACAUGUUCCUUGAGGGGGUUGGGGAAGAUCACUUUUAAGGUAAAAUUAUUUUCCUGUCACAUACUGACAUAGCUGUAUUUUGUCUUUAUGAUUUUUUAAAACCUCUCUUGUUUUGAUCUAUCUGCUUUUAAGCUUGCAGCAUGUUAAAUUUAGCAUACAUAAUAGAACUGUGCAUUUAUCUGUCACUUGAGAGUCAGCUUUAAUAAACACCUUUCUAUGAUUGUUUACUAAGCAACUGGAA